GAAAAUAUAGCUACUGUGUUAAAUCUGUGAAGAGAAAAAUGCCAGGACUCACCAUUGGAGAUGACCUUCCUAAUCUGGAAGUAGAAACCACUCAUGGAAAGAUGAAACUCCAUGACUAUGUUGGUCACAGCUAUACCAUUCUCUUUUCUCACCCAGGUGAUUUUACGCCAGUUUGUACAACGGAGCUUGGUAUGAUGGCUGCUUACGCUAGCAAGUUUGCUGAACGAGGAGUGAAGCUUCUUGGAUUUUCUUGUGACGAUGUUCAUUCUCACAAGGAGUGGAUCAAGGACAUCGAAGCUUACAACAAUGGACAUAAGGUGACAUACCCAAUAAUUGCUGAUCCGAAGAGAGAAUUGAUUAAGGAACUGAACAUGGUGGAUCCAGAUUCCUCUGGCCAAAAAGUCCCUUCUCGUGCUCUUCAUGUUGUUGGCCCUGACAAGAAGAUAAAGCUGAGCUUUCUGUACCCAGCAAGCACAGGAAGAAACAUGGACGAAGUGGUGAGGGUUAUUGAUUCCCUACAGAAAGCUUCAAAGCACAAAAUUGCAACCCCAGCAAACUGGAAACCGGGAGAACCGGUAGUCAUAUCACCCAGUGUCUCCAAUGAACAAGCCAAGGAAAUGUUUCCACAGGGAUAUGAUACUGCCAAUCUUCCUUCUGGCAAAGAUUACUUGCGUUUCACAAAUGUUUGAGAACUAUAUAAAGUGCGUAUAUAAUAUUUAGAUCCUGCACUUCUCUUUUGGAAACUGGAUGAAAAGUUUCUUUAGGAGAUUGUUGUUAAGGUAAUUUGGUGCUGGAUUGUUUUAAGUCUUUAGUAUGGAGCUUGUUCCUUCUUUUUCUUGUGUUUUACGUAUGUCUGAGAGUAGUUGCUUUGAAGUAUAUUUUCAAACAGUUUUAAGUUUCAUGUUAUAUAGAAUACUAUAUGUGUGGUUAGUAUUAAUUUUUAAUUUGAUAAAUAUGUUGUAUCAUGUUGUAAUUUGAUAGUUACGAGUGCCUAAGUAUAUAUUAGGAUGUG